CCCGACCCUGCCUCGCCCGACUCAGAACUUUUGUUCGUGAUGCCUGCUUGCGUUGCCGGGGUUAGCCCCUGGCUCUGGCCAGGAACCACCCGCAACACGCCCGGCGAACCGCCGCCGGGUCUGCGCCCGAGCGCCUAGUGCAGCCUGGGAACUCAGGAGGCGCUCGGGAGAGCCUCGCCCAUUGCAUCGCUUGGGCUGCGGGCUCCUGGAGCGAGACCGGUCUGUGCGUAGCGCUCGCGCCUCCUCGCGGCGAGCAGGGGAAUCGCACCCGGGGCGGCUCAUUUCCGCUGGGGCACCUACAAUGUGUCAUCCCUGCGGCCUUAUGUUGAAGUGGGGGAUGAAGGGUCACUGACAUAUGCCCUGAUGGUGGGCAGUGUGUGGGCAGCUCUGGAGCUUUCCCUCACCUGCAUCUCGGCCGUCAGCCUCGUCUCCCCUGCCUGGUUCCAGACCACCACCUUCUCCUUCGGGGUCCUCACCUACUGCUCCUGGCCUCAGGGUGACAGCUGGAACCAGAGCUGUGGGACCUUCCAGUCCCUGGAUGAUAUUCCUGACUUCGCCUGGAAGGUUUCAGCUGCAAUGCUCCUUGGAGGCUGGCUCCUAUUGGCUUUCAAUGCAAUUCUCCUUCUGUCCUGGGCCCUUGCCCCCAAAGGACUGUGCCCACGGAGGGGCAGUGGUCCAAUGCCAGGGGUACAGGCAGCAGCAGCCAUCGCCACCAUCAUGGGCCUGCUGGUUUUCCCCAUCGGCUUGGCCUCGCCGUUUGCCAAGGAAGCCUGCGUAGCCUCCUCCAUGUACCAUGGCGGUCAGUGCCAGCUAGGCUGGGGCUAUGUGACUGCCAUCUUCAACGCAGGCCUGGCCAGCCUCCUGCCCAUGAUGAGGUGGCCCCACGUGACCGAGGUCCAGCGGAGGACCAUCUUCUUCUCCAGUGAUACUGAGAGCAUCAUCCUUGUACCAGAAAUGACCAAAUAAAAAUAUCUCAGGAGGAGCAAAAAGAGCCCACGCUAGAGUUGUAUGAAAUCACCACACACCCAGGUUCAAAUCCCACCUCUGCUGCUUGCUUGCUGUGUGGCCUCAGGCAAAUCGCUUCAUCUCUCUGGACCUCAGUGUAUAACUUCUGUAAAAUGGGGCGGGGGCGUGUGUUGAAAUAAUGCCUACCUUGGAGGGCU